AUGAACGACCUUAUUGACAAUUUGACAAACAUUCAUCAAACAAUAAACGAACCGCUUCCAAUCCGCUGCAUUUAUCGGCGCAUGCUGAAAUGUUUUCAACACACGACACAAAACAAAUAUUGCUAUAGAGACCAGACUGUCCAUACUGUGGCGGUCAUCACAAGCCUAUCGUAUACUUACGUGAAUCAUCAACAGCAAGAACAACCCAACCGAUUCAAACCUCCAGCCAAAAACCAAACCACACUACGUAACAGUACAACGACCAUCAAUUUCCAACCAGCUGCGCAUCCAGUGCACGACUCUCUCUAA